AAUGCAGUCGCGUUUAGUGUCGCAAAGCGGCCUCGGUCGCCGCUGGGCAGUGCUGCGAUGCGCGCUGUCAAAGACCUACCAACGACGAACACUCACUUCCACCAGACGCCAAUUCCAAGACGUUUUUCAGUCGCAACUUGAAGAUCCUACCUCAGCUGCGCUAUUUUCUGCUUUGAACUCUUCAAAAGCCGUACCCCAAACGCUUACCGAAAAGAUCGUACAGAAGUACUCUGUGGGAUUGCCACAGGGCAAGUUCGUCAAGUCUGGCGACUAUGUUACUAUCCAACCCCACCGUUGCAUGACACAUGACAACAGUUGGCCAUGCGCAUUGAAGUUUAUGUCCAUUGGUGCUUCUCGUUUGCAUAACCCGGAUCAGAUUGUGAUGACUCUCGACCAUGAUGUGCAGAAUAAGUCUGACAAGAACUUGAAAAAAUAUCGGCAAAUCGAGGAAUUCGCCACUCAGCACGGCGUGGAAUUUUACCCCGCUGGUAGAGGUAUUGGCCAUCAGAUCAUGAUCGAAGAGGGAUUUGCCUGGCCUGGUACUCUUGCUGUCGCGAGUGACUCGCACAGUAACAUGUACGGUGGUGUUGGGUGUCUGGGCACUCCAAUCGUGAGAACUGACGCGGCUAGUGUUUGGGCGACUGGUAAAACCUGGUGGCAGAUUCCCCCUGUGGCGAAGGUGACGUUCAAGGGCGUCUUACCACCAGGUGUGACCGGUAAAGAUGUUAUUGUCGCCCUUUGUGGUCUGUUCAACAAGGACGAUGUUUUGAAUCAUGCGAUUGAAUUCACUGGAUCUGAGGAGACAAUGCGAAGCCUCUCAGUGGAUACUCGGUUGACCAUCGCCAACAUGACAACUGAGUGGGGGGCUUUGUCUGGACUCUUCCCCAUUGACAGCGUGCUGAAGGGGUGGCUGAGGGGCAAGGCCACGACGGCAGCCAUGGGGCUUGCGGACGGCCCUUUCAAGACCCGGGCUGCUGAGCGAUUCACGCACCCGCUCCUAGAGCAGCUGUUCGAGAAUCCGUUGACUGCUGAUAAAGGCGCCAAAUAUGCCAAGGAGCUGUUCCUGGACCUUUCAAGCCUUUCUCCUUACGUCUCUGGACCCAACUCAGUCAAGGUGGCUACUCCUCUUAAAGAGCUUGAGGCCCAGAACAUCAAAGUGGACAAAGCAUACCUUGUCUCCUGCACAAACUCUCGAGCCUCAGAUAUUGCUGCCGCUGCGAAGGUUUUCAAGGAGGCUGCCGAAAAGAACGGCGGCAAGAUCCCCAAAAUCGCCGACGGCGUCAAGUUUUACAUCGCGGCUGCGUCAAUUCCGGAGCAGUUAGCAGCCGAGGGAAAUGGUGAUUGGCAGACGUUACUUGAAGCUGGAGCAACGCAGCUGCCCGCUGGGUGUGGACCCUGCAUCGGUAUGGGCCAGGGUCUGCUGGAACCUGGCGAAGUCGGUAUUAGUGCUUCGAACCGUAACUUCAAGGGUCGCAUGGGUAGUACUGAGGCGAAGGCGUAUCUGGGAAGCCCGGAGGUCGUCGCUGCCAGCGCGCUGAGCGGAAAGCUCAGUGGGCCCGGCUGGUACCAAACCCCUGAAGGCUGGACAGAAGUGAUUCGCGGUGAAGGAGACGGCAUCCGCGAAGAGGAUCGAAUGCUGACGAACGAAGAAGCUCUGGAGAAGAUAAUUGGUCAGCUGGAUGACCUUGUGGCCGAUGGUGAGAAGCGUUUUGCUUCGGAGACCCCAGCAGUUGAGGAAUCCGAGCAAGGCCUGACAGAGAUCUACCCCGGAUUUCCCGAACGCGUCUCUGGAGAACUUGUCUUCUGCGACGCCGAUAAUGUCAACACAGAUGGGAUCUACCCUGGAAAGUACACCUAUCAAGACGACGUGCCCCCUGAGACUAUGGCCCGCGUCUGCAUGGAGAAUUACGAUCCAGAAUUCUCGACCACUGCUAAGGAAGGGGAUAUCCUGGUAAGCGGUUUCAACUUCGGCUGUGGCAGCUCUCGAGAGCAAGCUGCCACUGCUAUCUUGGCGAAGAAGAUUCCUUUGGUUGUAUCAGGCAGCUUUGGAAACAUUUUCUCCCGUAACAGUAUUAACAAUGCUCUGAUGGGCCUCGAGGUCCCACGGCUGGUCAACCGCCUUCGUGAGACAUUUGGAUCUGGCGACAAGGUUCUCACUCGCCGUACUGGCUGGACUCUGACCUGGGACGUGCGGAAGAGCCAGAUCGAGGUUCAGGAAGGCCCGGGCGGACCCAAGUGGACGCACAAGGUUGGAGAGCUACCACCAAACGUCCAGGAGAUCAUUGCCAAGGGCGGUUUGGAGAAAUGGGUUAAGAACGCCAUUGGUGCUUGA